ACAUGGCAUCUGGAGAUGGCCCAGAACCAGAUGAUGCAGUUGGCAACUCCGGUCGUCAGAUGGGACUUUCUAGAGAAUGCAACGAUCGAGUCAUAAUGCCGUGUGAUUCAGAAGAAUUCAUUAUGUCCAGGCAAGGCGCCCCCAUGAUGUGUGACCUACUUCACUGCGGAACGUCCUUCUGCCAGGCGGGAGAUUCCUCGUGCCGAAUUGAAAGUAGCACAACCCCAUUCAACAUUCAAGUCCAGUUCGGCCGAGCCCUGAGAGAGGAGUCCCCAGAAGACAACCUUGGGAUGUGCCUGAGAUACGAGCAGUUGCCCUGCACAGCAUGAGAGGCCGCAUACCGCAAACGGAAUUAUGCAGUGCGUUCAAAAAGUCUGGUUCUUUCGCCACUCCACUUCUUUUUGUUCGGAAAUGGCAACGUUGCAAGAGAUGGGAUGUUUUCUCCCGUUCAGACACGCCCAUGGGGCUGGAUUCAGGGAAUAGCGGACAGGAAAAUAGGGCGGGGGGCGCUGGGGUGACCUUCUUCUCUCAACCGUCUCCCUUCUCCACGCCGCAAGCGGCUUACUGCGCCGCAAUGAAAUUGUUUGUGAAUUCAGCGUUCGUGUGAUUUUCCCGAGGACAAACUGGAAGAGAUUGUUCUAAAAACUCUUCACACCAAACUAGCAGAAAGUGUAGAAAUGUUCUGUUUUCUUCGACGACUGGAAUAGUAUUUAUUUAUUUAUUUACUUAUUUAUUUAUUUGUCAUUUAUUCGCCGUGCUGGAGGUCAAACACC